AUUAGAAAGUCGACAACUAUGCAUCAUUUGGUCACGUACUUGUGAACAUAAUAUUAUAGAAAUUAUAUAUCAAUUUAUUUGAAGAUAUGUCUCAGAUUGUUAGAUGGCUAAUUUGCUAAGUCUGUACCAUUUAAUGCGUACUGUGUAUCAGUAAAUAUUAUAUUUCAGACAUUAUGCAUCGAUCUACCUAAAUAUAUGUAAUAGGUGAUUUUUCUUCCCUCCACAUGCCAUGGGUAGAAGCAAACAAGCAUGCUUUAUUGAAAAAUUUGGCCUCAUGCAUCACUCUCUUCUUCUCCCUUCCCAGGAUUUCAAACUAGCUACUGGACAUCGGCAAAAGCCAGGUUCUUCCACCGAGACCCAACCCUCCCCAUACUCCACUUUUCGAGAAGCGCAAGGCCCAAAAACUCUGAACCCACACGUUCUUUAAAAAAAAAUUAAUAUACACAACUAUAAAAAUAUUUUUUCUCUUUAUUAUCGAAUCUCCGCCUUCUUACUCGGGAAAAGAAAGAGCCCAAAUCUAAUCUAAAAUCCAUGUUCCCAAAAAUUAGGGUUUCUGCAUCAUUCGGUCGGCCGCUAGUUUUGACGAUUUCGAUAUGAAAAGUGGAACUGAUCGCUGCAGUCUUUCCCACUUUUAAUUCUUUGUCCGUGUGGGAUUGACUCGAGAUCCUCUACUUCUCGAGUCUAGAUCGGUCUCGGAAAGCUCAAUACCCCAUCUUUCCCUACUUUUCCGCUCGAAACCCUGGCUGUGGUGCUCGCUCUUGGCAAUAUGGUAGUGGUAGCUGGAAGCUCUAGAUUUCUCUUCUGGAAUGAUGCGAUGAUCUUAGAAAGCUAAUGGAUUUUGAAAGUUCUCACCUUUGAGUGCUUCCCAUUCGUCGUAGAAGGUUUCAGAACUUCAAAAGAUGCUUCUUUGGGGAUUUUUGGCUAUUCCAGCUCGAGGCAAUGAAUCUGCUUAAAAUCAUCGCUUUCUAUCUUUUGCUGGAGCUAUAAAACAUAGUAUUCUUUUUUCAAGCACUCUUCCAAAACACGAGCGAUGGACUCUGUUCCCCCAAGAACUACGAAGAACUCUUCCAACGUCCCUGGCGUCUUUCUGCACAUCUCAAAACUGUGUAAGCUGAAAUCUGUUGGUGUAUCCCACAAUGAAAUCCCGAAACCCACCAACGAUUCCUCCGUCGACAGCUCCAGUGCUGGAGAGGCCAAUUGCUGUGUCGACAGUCGAGACUGGAAGAUCCACCCCCAACCAUUGGAGGGAACCUGGAUCUCAAGCUCCGGGUGCUUGGAAGAAGCUGUGCUCUCAAGGCUAUUCAUCACCGUCUCUGCUCUCAAAUCAGCCUAUGUCCAGCUCCAGCAAGCUCACAUCCCUUAUGAACCUAAGAAGAUCCUUGUCGCCGAUGAGCUCAUGGUCUCCGAGCUUGAAUCCCUUUCCGAGUUGGAGCAUUUGUAUGGGAAGAAACACCAAUGCGAUUCCAACUUUCAAUCUUCUCUGUGCUUGAAGAUUCAAGAGCAUCAGGAAAUGGUGGCAGAAUUGCAAACCAAAAUCCAGUGCAGAGAGUCCAACAUUGCCCAUCUCAGAUCGGAAGUUGAGGAAUUGGAACGAAAGAAUGCUGAAUUGGAGCGGAAUAUGAAGCAGCAAGUGUUGCCUGAAGAGGAAUUAUUUCCACUGCGGCAAGAAUUGACUCCAGCUUUGUUUUCUGAGGUCUUUAAGUUCACAUCUAAAUCCAUCCAUGACUUUGCAAAGCCACUGAUUAGCUUAAUGAAAGCUUCUGGUUGGAACCUAGAUGAAGCAGCCAAUUUAAUAUCCGAUUCAGUCAUAUAUGCUGAAAGAUCUCACAAGAAAUUUGCAUUUGAAGCCUAUCUCUCUCGGGUAAUGCUCGGUGAUGCUCAGGACGUAUGCUUUAGUUUGGAGCAAUUGGAUCGUGUCAUGAGCUUUCGGGACCCGUUUGAUGCUUUGAUGGAGGACCCUGAUUCUAAUUUUGGGAGAUUUUGCUGGUCGAAGUAUGUUGUGGCGGUGCCAUCGAAGAUGGAACGCUCAUUCUUUGGUAAUUUGGAUCAAAGGGCAUUCGUGUUGAGCGGCGGGCACCCAAGGACGCCGUUCUAUCAAGCAUUCACGAGGAUGGCAAGAUGGAUUUGGGCAUUGCUGGUGAUGGUGCAUUCCUUUAUUCCAAGGGCUGAGAUGUUUUAUGUCAGGAGAGGGGAUGAUUACUCCAAGAACUACAUGGAGAGUGUGGUGAAUCAAGUGUCGACUGAGAAAGGAGAGCAGCUUAAGGUCGGGUUUACGGUGAUGCCAGGGUUUAAGAUUGGAAGCGCCAUUAUUCGGUGCAGGGUUUAUCCUUGCAGGAUGAAGGCCUCCACCAGGUUUUCCAGUUCUUCAUUGUAGCUAUGGAAGGUAACAUUCUACUUCGAAAAUAGCACUAUGGCGCUAUUUCUCUAUGCUGUAAUCUAUAGUUUAUACAGAAGCAAGAGUAAGCUUGCCAUUAGGUAAAAGAAUUUUGAGUGACUUUAUGUCCAUCUUCCCAUCUAUGUAGAGGAACAAAAACCGUGUGGUCGAAUGUACUGUAGCUGUUUUGCAUCAAUGUGAAUUUGUAGAUGGAUGCUUUAUAAGAUUUUUGGUUUGCUUCUCAAAUUUGUCCCAGCAUUUUAGUGAUUUGGAAAUGCUAAUGAGUUGUUUUAUAAAUUUUGAGAGUUACUUUCUGUAUUGGAGAAGAUAGUAUACCAAAGAACAAGGUAUUGAUUUUUUUUUUUUCUUAAUACACCAUACAUAUGAAUAUUGAGAAAGAAGAAGAACAGGUUAUAGUUGUAGGAGAG